AUGUCGAAGCUGCUUCUUCUACCCUCUCUUCCCCUCACCACCUCCCCGCACUGUUUCAACACUUUUUCUUCCGCUUCUGCCCUUCAAUUUCAAUGCCGAUUCUCCCUUACUCUCCUUUCUCGUCCCCGCCACUCUCUCGCUCCCUUCACCUCCUACGCUCGCCGAAGAGACCCUUCCAUUCGCGCUUUCGAUUCCAAUUCCGACGCCAAAAGCGAAGAAGAAUUGAAAGAAACGGGAAAGGAAGAGGGCGUUGACGAUCGGGGUGUUGGGAUUGCGGGCGAGGAUUAUCCAAGUGGGGAGUUCCGUUUUGAACCGGUUACUGGAUGGAGAAGCUUCCUCGUCAAGCUUAAGAUGCUGGUUGCGUUCCCAUGGGAGCGCGUCCGCAAGGGCAGCGUUCUCACGAUGAAGCUUCGUGGCCAGGUUACCGUCUCUGUCCUCACUCUCCUUCCCAUAUCUGAUCAAGUGAAGAGUAGGUUCUCUCCAGGACUUUCUUUGCCUCAAAUAUGCGAGAACUUUUUGAAAGCAGCAUAUGAUCCUCGUAUUUCUGGGAUCUAUCUUCAUAUUGAUAGUUUAAAUUGCGGGUGGGGUAAAGUAGAAGAAAUUCGAAGGCAUAUAUUGGAUUUCAAGAAGUCAGGAAAAUUUGUUUUGGCUUAUGUGCCUUUAUCUCAAGAAAAAGAGUAUUACCUGGCAUGUGCAUGUGACGAGAUAUACUCCCCUCCCAGUGCUUACUUUUCUUUGUUUGGAUUGACUGUUCAAGCCUCGUUCCUCAGAGGUAUUUUAGAUAACAUAGGAAUUGAACCACAAGUGGAAAGGAUUGGAAAAUACAAAAGUGCAGGUGAUCAACUAGCUCGAAGAACCAUGUCUGAAGAAAAUUGUGAGAUGCUGACGGCAUUGCUUGAUAAUAUCUAUACAAAUUGGCUGGAUAAAGUCUCUUCUGCCAAAGGAAAAAGAAGAGAAGAUAUUGAGAAACUCAUCAAUGAAGGUGUUUAUCAAGUAGACAAGCUGAAAGAAGAGGGGCUCAUAUCAAAUACAAUCUAUGAUGACGAGGUUAUUGCCAUGUUGAAGGAGAGACUUGGAGUGAAACCAGAUAAAGAUUUGCCUGUGGUGGACUACAGGUAG